AUGCAGCACGAGGACACUUUGCAGAUCAAGACCUAUAAUCCAGAACACACUUGUGCUAGAGUGUAUGCAAACAGCAUGAUUAGGACACCUUACUUAACAGAGAAAUUUGCUGAGCAGAUUAAGCUCAACCCAAAUUGGGGGUUAGAAUCACUUGCACAAGCAAUGGCAGCCACUGUCAAGGCAAGAGUGUCAACUCAGCAGGCUUAUAGAGCAAAGAAGGCAGCCUUACAGCUUCUAGAAGCCUCCAUCAAAGAGCAAUAUGCAAGAAUAAGAGACUAUGCAGCUGAGCUUAAAAGAGUGGACCCAAACACAACCAUAGACAUCAAGUGUGACUUCUUGGAUGAAGAGCAAUUACCUGUGUUCAAUAGAAUGUAUGUGUGUUUGGGAGCACUAAAGAUGGGUUUCAGAGCUGGAUGCAGGUCAAUACUUGGGCUAGAUGGUUGCCAUUUGAAGAGCUGUUAUGGUGGUCAGCUAUUAACUGCUGUGGGAUUAGAUGCAAACAACACAACCUGGGUUUUGUCCUAUGCUAUGGUAGAAAUCGAGAGUAAAGAUAGCUGGGAAUGGUUUCUGGACCUUUUAGUGAAGGAUCUAAACAUAAGGGAUGAAGGAGACGGGUGGACCUUCAUAUCGGAUAAACAAAAAGGAUUGUUACCAGCUUUUGCUAAAGUCAUGCCACUUGCAGAACACAGAUUUUGUGUUCGACACUUAUGGACAAACUUCAACAAGUUGUUUCCGGGCAAGGUGUUAAAGGACCAGCUUUGGGCAUGUGCAAAGUCAACUACCGAGAACUAUUUUAUCAAGGAAAUGGUCAUGAUGAAACAACUGGAUCCAUUGGCAUAUGACUAUCACGUGAAUCCUGAAAGGCCAUCGAAGCACUGGUCUAGGGCAUAUUUUAGCACUCACCUUAAGUGUGACAUCCUGUUGAAUAACUUGUCCGAGAGCUUCAAUGCUUUUAUAGUACCAGCAAGAUCAAAGCCAAUUGUAAGCUGUUUUGAAGAAAUCAGGGUUAAGCUCAUGAGGAGGAUCCAUAUGAGGAGGGAUAAGAUGCAAAGAUUAGAAGAUACAAUCUGCCCCAAACCGAGGGAGCUCUUAGAGAAGAACAAGGUCAAAGUUGCAACAGAUUGCAUUCCUAGUGGAUCGGGUGGACCUGAAAUUGAGGUUAAGAGCAUAGGGGGCAGCAAAUACGUGUUCAACCUUCAAGCACACACUUGUGCAUGCAGAAGAUGGGAUUUAACUGGCAUCCCAUGUAAACAUGCUAUUGCAGCCAUCAAUUACAUGAGGCAAGCCCCUGAGGACUUUGUAGAUCAUUGCUACCUAAAGAAGACAUACAUGGCUACUUACAACAACACAAUCAAACCUGUUAAUGGUAUGGAUCUGUGGUCAAAGAGUGCUGAACCUCCAAUUCUUCCCCCCCCCCAAUACACAAGGCAGUCGGGGAGACCAAGAACAAAGAGGAUCAAGAGUGCAGCUGAGAAGGCAGAAAUUGGAGGUAUAAAGCUUGGCAAGGUGCAGAGGUCUCUCAAGUGUAGCAACUGUCAUGAAGUUGGCCACAAUGUCAAGACCUGUCAUAGACACUUGCCACCCAAGAACAAGACCUCAACAACCAGUAACAAGAAGAGGAAGUUAGAUGAAUCAACAUCCGGAACUCAGACCAAUACUAAGAGAAAGGAGCCAUUGACAAAGAAUGACCUGAGGAAGAAGGUACAACUUAGGGCAGAUAAGCUUAAGAAAAAUAGAGAUGAAAAGAAGGCAGCAAUAACAAGAGCAUCAAAUGCUUCAGGGAAGACAAAGGGUAGACCUGCAAGAACAUCAACAACCCCGAAACCUGCUCCUGCUCAAGCUCCUCGGCCAGUAAUGUCAAAUCCUCCUCCCAAGCCUUCAUCGUCUUCUAAGCAAGCAGCCCCAAGUAGGUCAUCUAUUAGAAUCAAGGAAAAGGAAGGGAAAAAAAUAGGCUUAUGUACUUCUUUUGCGCAACCUUGA